AUGUCUUACAGGAAGUGCGUGAAUGCGCAAGGAAAGAUGGAGUUGGGUGUUUGCGUUCUGCGUCGCUGUGGAGGCUGUCGCGUUGCGUUUUGUCGGCUGGACAGAAAGCUCUUCACAGACGGUCGGGUCCCCGGAGCCAUCUCCGUCGACUGCAUGGGGGGUGGGAGCUCGUGCGAGCUGGAGUGGGUUACGAUGAUGGAGCAUUCUCACAUACGCAGCAUCCUAGGACUUAAAAUGGUCAUGCGGCGGCCGUUGGACUAG